CGCUCCUUCGGCGGCGCCUGCGCAACACCACCCCUCGUCCGUCUCCGGCGGGAACCGACCGGGUCCCGCAGGUAGCGCCGCGCCGGCUCUGAGGGGGAGCGGCGGCAGGAGCCGGUGCCGCCGGGAGCCGCCCCGCCGCCCGCUCCUGGGCCAUGAACGCGGAGAACUUCGCCUCCAGCGAGCGGCUGGUGACGGCGGCCUAUGUGCGCCAGGGGGCGCAGGGCCGCCGCGCGCACGAGCUGCGCCUGCGGGCCCUGCUGGAGCAGGGAAAAUGUCCUGAAGAUGGAUGGGAUGAAAGCACCAUUGAGCUCUUUCUUCAUGAACUUGCUAUAAUGGAUAGCAAUAACUUUCUGGGCAACUGUGGUGUGGGUGAGAGAGAAGGAAGAGUGGCAUCAGGACUUGUUGCCCGAAGGCAUUACAGGUUGAUCCAUGGAAUUGGAAGGUCAGGUGAUAUUUCUGCAGUCCAGCCUAAAGCUGCAGGGUCUAGCCUUUUGAACAAACUUACUAAUUCAGUAGUUCUGGAUGUUAUAAAGCUGGCUGGUGUCCGGACAGUGACCAAUUGCUUUGUGGUUCCUAUGGCAACUGGCAUGAGUCUAACUCUGUGUUUUUUGACAUUGCGGCACAAGAGACCAAAGGCAAAAUACAUUAUCUGGCCACGUAUAGACCAGAAAUCUUGCUUUAAGUCAAUGAUAACUGCAGGUUUUGAGCCUGUGGUGAUAGAAAAUGUGUUGGAAGGCGAUGAGCUACGGACAGACAUUGAAGCAGUGGAGGCUAAAAUCAAGGCUCUUGGAGCUGAAAAUAUUCUUUGUGUGCAUUCUACAACGUCUUGCUUUGCUCCAAGGGUACCUGAUAGGCUGGAGGAACUGGCUGUGAUUUGUGCUAAUUAUGACAUUCCCCAUAUUGUCAACAAUGCAUAUGGAGUUCAAUCUUCAAAAUGUAUGCAUCUUAUCCAGCAGGGUGCUCGGGUAGGCAGGAUAGAUGCUUUUGUGCAGAGCUUGGACAAAAAUUUUAUGGUUCCAGUAGGUGGAGCUAUCAUUGCUGGCUUCAAUGAGUCCUUCGUUCAGGAGAUCAGCAAAAUGUACCCAGGAAGAGCAUCUGCAUCUCCUUCCUUAGAUGUCCUCAUUACACUUCUGUCUCUCGGUGCCAGUGGCUACAAACAGUUACUGAAAGAAAGAAAGGAGAUGUUUUCCUAUCUUUCAAGUGAGCUGAAGAAGCUGGCAGAUAACCACAAUGAGAGACUGUUAGACACACCACAUAAUCCCAUUUCCUUAGCCAUGUCACUGAAGAAUCUAGAUGAAAAUAAUGAUGCUGCUGUUACACAGCUUGGAUCUAUGCUUUUCACAAGACAAGUUUCUGGAGCGAGGGUUGUUCCCUGUGGGUCUGUACAAACAGUGAAUAACUACACUUUUAAAGGCUUUAUGUCACAUGCAAAUGACUAUCCCUGUGCUUACCUCAAUGCUGCCUCAGCAAUUGGAAUUAAAAAGCAAGAUGUAGAUGUAUUCCUGAAAAGACUCGACAAGUGUUUGAAGACUUCUAGAAAAGAAGCAAAGAAAGAAAAAAGUGUAAAUGAAAUAAGUAAUUCUAAUACAGGCACAGAACAACUUGAGGACUAGAAGAUACAGAUUUAGUAGCACAGGGAGAUACAGUUUUGGUUGAAGUAUGUCAGGUUUGUAUUGGGUUAGCAUUGUGAAUCUGCAGUGCAGAAAAUUUGUUCUUGAUCUGAAAACAACAAAAAAAAAGUUGGGCAAAAUUCAGCUUUAGAGAAAGUAGGUGAUACUCUUUCCAAGACAGAGGCCCAGACACAAGUUUUUUGCAGCAUAUAAAUGUGCUUAAUAUCUGCCAAAGUAAAGCUUUACAGUCAUAAAGACCUUGAGCUGUCCUUUCAGUCUCUGGGUGACUAUUUGGACCAGUGUUCAGCAAAUCACAGAAUGCGUAUUCACAUGUUUUUGAUUAAGAGGCUUUUCUGUGGCAGUGAUUGAAUUCCUUCCUAGGUAUGGACCAUCCAGCAACAAAUGUUUCAGUGCUCUCAAAAUAUCUCAUUUCUCGUCAGCAUACUUGCCACUUCUCAUUUCUUUUUGAAGAUUUAUAUAAGUGCUGGGAUAGCCCUUACUAAAUACAAUGUUGAAACUGCAUGAGGAAAUGAUAGUUGGAAUAGUAGUGUUUUUCAGGUGUUCUUCCCUCUCAUGAACUGCCUAGAGCAAAGCAGCCCUCAGUGGCAAAGAAAAACCUAGAAUACUUCAUAUCCUGUCAGUACUCAGCUCUUGGAAACUAUUUGCAUAGUUCAGCAACCGAAAGGGAUCUUAAUAAUGAAAGCAAGAGGUUGUGGAGUCGAGAGGUACAGUUGUCGUCUUUUUUUUUUUUUUUUGUCUUCUUUUUUGUCUUUUUUUCCAUUUCAUCUUUUCUUUGAUAGGGCUAUCAGGUCAGAGACCCACUGAAAAGGAGGAAUGCCUUGUGGGAUUAAUGCAGCAGUUUCAAGAGCCAGUGAGACCUCAGGGUAUUUUGGCAUUUUUAGUCCAUUGUUGUUAAAAUUUAUAGACUCCAUUUCUGAAGUGUCUGUUGCCAUUGGCACUGUUGCUUCUGUGGCUGUGUGCAGUUGCUGAUUUGAAUUCAUUAAGCAAACAAUAGAUUCAGAGUCUGUUCAUGAAACAAAGGUUCCAUAUCACUACAGUGACAGUCCUGUAGGUUGUAAAACUUUUAGUUAUUCUUAAAUGCAAUUACUAUAUAUAUGUAGUUUUUAUGUCAUUUACUGUUCAAAGUGAGCUUAAUGUUCAAAGACGUUUUCUUUGUCUGUAAUGUAGUAAUACUGGGGAUACCACAAUUAAUGAGUUCUAAAUGUUAGGAAAUACUCUAGUUACUUUGUUUGGUGGGAUCUGAGACAUGUAUCCUUCAGAGCCCUGUGUAAAUUGCUUAAUCAAAAUAGUGGUGUUUUUGAAAGGAUUGUCUAUCCGGCAUGUUCAAAUGAAUUGAUACAAGAGGUGGUGUUAAUAUGCUGAAGUUAUUAGUAUGCUAAUCAUCAUGAAGGUGCUCUAAUUUAGUGAGGUCCAUUGUAUCUUAAGCUUAAAUUGAACUGCUGCUUCUACAUUGUUAUUGCUACAGUUACAUGUUAGAUUGAUUAAAGCUUGUGAAGGUAUGGCUCCCCCGA